AUCUCUCGAUUCCCGCUCAGUUUCGUUUCGGCAAUCAUUCGGAUCACACGGAAAAAGUCGCUAUUAUCGCCAUCUAUUAUGGUCUAUCAACCGAUUAGACUCCUCCUGGGAGUCAUCCUGCUUUCAAUCUGCUUAAUAGAUGCUUCUAUGCCACAUCCUUUGGCCGCAAACUACUCCAUUGACAUCCUGCGACUGGCCAAAGCGGCUCACAUUAAGGCUUAUAUGGGGGAGGAUAAGGAGGAGGCAUGCUCUAACUUCUACAACUUUGCCUGCGCCAAUUGGCCACGUUUGCAUCCGGCUCGGAUCGCCAAACAGCGGACUAACUAUCUAGAGGAGCUCCAGGAACUAUAUAUACGGAAAAGCGCAGAAAUGCUUAAGAGUGCUACGAGAGGUGCUGAAAAUAGCGCCGAUCGGCAGUUAAAGAACUUCUACGGCUCGUGUCGCCUUCAAGCCAAUGACACGCAAUCUGCUUUGAGAACCCUGCAAAGUGUGGCAGAUUUCCGGGGCGGAUGGCCAGAGAUUAGAGUCGCCUCCUGGUAUCAGUACGAGUACGAUUGGCUGCAGGUGGUGGCCAAUCUGAAAAGUAAGCUAGGCGUUGAUAUCUUUAUUGGACUGAAGGUGAUCCUCGACUACAAAGAAGAGAAAAUGCAUCGCUUGAAGAUCGGAGCCCCUGAAUUCCCUAUGUCACGUCGUCACUAUGUGCAUCCCCAUUUUGAUGGAACCCGCGAAAUCUACGAACGUUCGAUUGAAAAUAAACUAAAACUAUAUUUCCCGAAACAAUCGGAGCAAUGGCGACGGGAAGUGGCCAAUCAGGUCCUGCAGAUAGAGCAACAAUUGGCCAAGGGAUUGCCACACAAUCCUGUACUAACCUUGCAGCAAACCACUCGCCAAAGGUCCGCCGCCGAAAUGAAGGCCGCCUACGGCAGUUAUGUGGAUAUAACCCGCUACUUGCAACUCAUUUUCAAUGAUAAUCUGUAUAUGGAUUUGUAUGAAACUCCCGAGGAUUAUCUAUCCAAUUUGGUGGAUGUAAUAAGGGAAACACCCAAACUGCAGCUGGCGAACUAUACCAUGUGGAAGGCCCUGGAAGCUUUGGAUGCCGCAAGAGUUCCACCAUCCCAGCAACCGGACAUUUGGUGUGUCCAGUUGGCCCAGCAAUAUUUCCCCCAUCAACUGGAGAGUCUAUUCCAUCGCAAUUACAAUCACAUGCAAAUGAUCAAUGAGUUACAGUCGACGUGGUCGGAUAUCAAGCGAGUCUUUCGCGAGGAUCUGCAAGCCUCGGAGCGUUUACUCUGGCUAACAUUGGAGACUAGACAGAAGGCCAUAAACAAACUGGAGGCCUUGAAGCUACAAUUCCGGACUCACGAUGACAACAAACUGAUCCGCCAGAUGCACGGACUUAAUUUGCAGGCGGAUCACUUCUAUCCAAAUUUGGUGACCGUUCUCCAGUGGCAAACAAAACGUGGUCUGGCCAAGUUAAUGGAGGAACCCGUGCCCGAAGAUGAAGUCUACAAACUGCCCCACUAUGAAAUCCAAAAGAAUCGCAUCCAGGUUCCCAUUACAUUUCUACAGGCCAGAUUCUUCUGGGAUCCCGCCUAUCCUAAUGCUCUGAAGUACGCCACAUUGGGUGUCCUCCUCGCUCGCCAAAUGCUGCACGGAUUCGAUGGUGUCGGAAGGCGGUACGAUGUCCAUGGCUAUCAAAACAACUGGUGGGAUAAAACCUCUGAGGAUUCAUAUGCCCGACGAUCGCAGUGCUUUCUGGAACAGUAUGCAAUCUUUGUGGAAUACAAGGGUAAACCUAUCCAGGAUAAGGAUCUGAUGCGUCGAAUUGUGGCCGAUAAUGGUGCUUUGGAUAUUGCCUAUCGCGCCUAUCAGCAAUGGCUGAAGAAUGCAGCCGAAACUCCGGCCAUAUAUGAUCGGGAACGUCUACCUCUGCUGGAUCACAACCACAAUCAGAUCUUUUAUCUGGGCUAUGCGCAGCUGUACUGCACAGAUUACCCGGAAUCUGUGGAGCGUUUCGAUGAGCUUCCCGAGAACUUACGUGUUAACACGGCGCUUUCCAAUUCGGAAUCAUUCAAAAAUGCCUACGGUUGCAUCAGGGGGGAUAAGUUAAAUGCCCGAUUUAAGUGCUCGCUAUACUGAUUUCUUAUGUAUUUUACCAGUCUACGAAAUAAAAGCUUUUCCUGAA